AUGCACCCAGUUUUAAAAAUUGGUGUAGUAGUAGAAUUUGCUGGAAGAGAAUUAAUAGAUAUUGUUGAAGGAGUAUUAGACGAUGUUAUUGGAGAUGAAAUAGAGAUAGAAUUUGAUGAAGAGUUGUAA